AUUGCCUCCUACUCGCCUCCGGUAAAGUAGCUUCAGGCACCACGACGACGGCCAUGGCAGACCCGAUCUCCAUUCUCGGCCUGAUACUACAGGUAGUACAUACGACAAAAAGAGUAUACGAGUUUGCGAAGCAAGUCAACAAUGCCGACAGCGAGAUCCGCGAGUUAUUCGGGGAACUAUUCGCUCUGAAGGCUAUUCUCGAACAGAUGCAGACAGACCACAGCGAGAAAAAUGGGACAUCGACGUUCCGGGAUGCGUUACUGAAAGCGAAUACCGUCCUGGAAGAGAUCCUGGACGAUCUGCAGAGAAGAACGAUGCGGCAGUCGCGGCUGGGGAAGUUGGGGUGGCCCGGUAGGAAGGGGGCUCUGGAGGGGAAUAUUGCCCAGCUGGAAAGGCUGAAGACGUAUUUUAUUUUAGUGAUUUUGAAUGAUCGAUCGGCUGUCGAGAAGGAGACGGCACAUUCUAUUGACGCUGUGGUUGACUGGAGUAGGGAAAUGAGGCAAUUACGAGAAGAGAAAACGCACGAGAAGAUUAAGACGUGGAUAUGUCCGGUUGAUUUCGAUUCGAUGCAUCGCAAGGCUCGAUCGCUGUGCCAGGCUGGUACUGGAGCUUGGUUUAUCCACGGGCCCUUCCAGUCGUGGAUUGCAAGGGAGGGCAAGUGCCGGUUGCUUUCCCUAGAGGGAAAAUCGGGAUCAGGAAAGACUGUCCUAUGCUCGACGGCAAUCGACGCUGUCAACAAUUCUAUUUCCAAGCGUCCCUCCAGCACAGUGAUCUACUACUACUGCUCAUUCCACUUGAGUUCCUCGCAGGAGCUCGUCUACCUCCUAGGAGCAUUGCUGGUGCAGCUAUCUGGAACUUGUCCAGACAUCCUCGACGAAUUGCAAGAAAGUUUCAAGAAACGCGCCCUUCCUCUACCAGACGUAUUGAUAAGGCUGCUUUUGAAAUACACGAAAGCACUGUCGGAGCUUUUCAUCGUCGUGGAUGCGAUCAACGAGAGCAGUGAAAGUGCAAAAAUCCUCGAAGCACUGCUCACCCUCCUAGAAUCAUCAGACAACAUUCGGAUUAUGGUUACGAGCACGACCUCACCACCGGUGUCGAAUCCCACCAUUAGUACCCUCAGGGCGCAGAUGAGACCUUCAACUAAUAGAAUUGACAUUGAGGCAUUUCUCAAUACUCAGCUGCAAUCCGCCCCGGCUCUUCAACGGCUACCGGAGCAUAUCAAAUCACGCAUCAAGACAGUCUUGCUUGAGAAAGCAGGCGGAAUGUUUCGAUAUGUGCAAUGUCAAAUCGAGCUCUUAAGUGCCCAGAAAACUGGCCGGGACGUCAUCCGCGCUCUGGACAGUAUGCCGGAAAGCCUGCACGGCACCUACGAAACUAUCUUAUGUCGAAUCCCUUCGUAUGACCGGGAAAUUGCAAGAGAAACACUGCUCUGGCUUAGUUCGGGUUACCAGGAGAUUACAUUGUCGGAGCUGAGCGAGGCACUCGUUGUGUCGAAAGGGGAUAAGAGCAUUGACGACGAUUGUAGGCUCUUUGACCCACACGCCGUUCUCUCAAUCUGCCAAGGGCUGGUCGUCUACGACGAGCGUACUACAUUUGUUGCUUUAGCGCAUUCCUCAGUCAAAGCUUUCCUCACAUCGGAUGCAAUCAAAGACGGGCCAGCAGCGUAUUACAGCCUGGACGAGACCGAGGGAUCACGGCGCAUCUGGCAAAAAUGUCUGACGUACCUGAUGUUUGACGAGUUCAAACAGCCUUGUUCGAACUUUGACUCUCUCGCAGAGCGUCGGGAAGCGUACCCGCUGCUCAAGUACGCCUCCGAGAACUGGGCGAGCCACUGCAGUCCAUCCUGGCCACCAGGCUAUCCUCUCAUUGAUGCUGAAAUCGACGAGAUUCUAUCUUUCUUUGAGACCCGCCACCUCCCUGGCGGGGGAAACUAUACGUCCUGGAUCCAGAUCCUUCUUUAUGAAGCUCCCGCGGAACAAGCCCGCCGCACAGAGCCAUUAUACUAUGCUGCCUCGUACGGCAUCUUACCGCUGGUGGACCGACUCAUCAAGUCUGGAGCGAACGUCAACGCCGCCGGGGGCCGUAACGACGCAACUCCUCUCAUCGUCGCCUGUUACAGAGGCCAGGAAGCGACCGUGCAAAGAUUGUUAGAAGCAGGCGCAGACCCUACUAUCCAGGAUGCAGCGGAGAUGUGCAGCCUGGAAUGGGCAAUCAGGAGGCAACAUCGUGGUAUUGUUGAGAGCCUGCUAUCGCACAAACGUAAAUCCUUGGAAAUAGGAUCAUCGGGCCUAUACUGGCAGUGUCGGGCUUGCAAGCACCAGAACCGGAUAGACUCUGCUGUGCUGCGGUGUGCUUCUUGUGGGAUCGAUUUACUUGAUCAGUAUGGUACUAGGCCCGGGGGCUCUGCGCCACGGAAGAGUGCGCCACGGAAGAGUAGGGCUUGGUCGCGCAUUGGUCGUACGAUCGAGGCAAAUCGCAAAUUACUAGGUAACCAAGUGUCGUCUGAGCCUUAAGCUUGGGACUUGCAGCCGAACGACCUCUUCAGCUGGUCUAAGUCAUUGAUAUUGGGCGAUAUGUUACUGUAUUUUGGCUGACCACCGCGGUGGAAGAAAAGAAUUUAAUUCUUUGCAAUGAAGC